AUGUCCGACCAGUGCUUCUGUGCUAGCAUCAUGAUUGAGGUGUACAAUGGGUACGAGGUAGCCUACAUGGUUCCCACGUGUGGUUUGAUGGUCGCGGCUUAUCUAGCAGAGGAGUCGCCCUGCUGGCUCAUGGCCACCUACGAGCUGCGCAACGCCGAGCACGUGCUGUCGCGUGCAGCCGGAGCCAACAGAGUCGAGCCGCCGGUCUUCAGGCGCCGGCUGUCGGCGCUCAGGGACGAGAUGUGCAGGCAGCACUGUCACUCGUUCACUCAGCAGGAACAGGAACGCGCCAACGUCACAGUCACGGACCCCGGUGAUCAGUUCUUCCGUUCUACUGGCGACGAACGGAGGGGGGUCCGGCUUUCGGACUUGCUUUCCAACCAGCCCCUGCGCCAGCGGUCGGCCAUAUCUCGGCGCUGCUGGUUCCUGGUGUUUGGAACAUUUGCUCACCUCAGCACGAGUCACAUGAUGCGCACCAGCCAAGGCGCCCGCGCCGCCCUCGUGGUUUUGCGUCUGCCCUGCGUCAUGGCGGACGUCUACGUUCUCACGCGCAACAGCCGGCGCCUCUGCCUCGUCUUCAGCAUGCUGUCCCUGGCCAUCGUCAUGGGCACUCUGUCCCUUGCAGUCUCCUUGGACGCCGCUGACCUCGUCGCCGCCGUUCUAGUCACCUUGGCGUUGCUGAUAUUCGACAUGUCCGCCAUCUCCGCGUUCGUCUUGUCUGCGGAACUCUACCCGACCGUGCUUCGUGGGGCUACGUUCGGAGUCUGCUACAUGAGCGGACGUCUCGGGGCCCUAGCGGCGGUGUUCGUCAACGAGAUCCAGUCGCGGCCGCUACGGGGCGUUGCGUACGCUGUCGCGGCCGCCAUGUUGCUCCUGUUUGGCACGAUGGCGCUCGCACUGCCCGAGACCAAGCAUAUGCCGCCUUCGAACGUGGUUCACGGCAUUAUGGUCAUGGAGGACAAGUGGCAGCUCUAUUCUCCGCUGCGAGUGGCCCGAACCCGACACAAGCGCCGCCAUUCCAAGACGGCGCUACUGGAGAGCGACCGAAUGCGCCGUCGCAGCUCUUCUUUGCUGCGAGAGCAAGCCGCUUUGGGUCGGGACCCAGCGGCCUAUAAAUGA